AGCUUCUCGUCCGGCCCACUGACGGCAUGAAACCUUUAGGGGUACGCAGUGCUCUCAGCUUUUUGGUUGAAGCCCCUCAUCUGCUUUCAGUCUGAAGGCAGGGCCCGGCCGAGGACGGAUCGGAGGGUCCCAGUCGGCGGGGCCAAGUGAGAGGGAGAGGAGGGGGCGAGAGACAGGAAGGAAGCAAACCAUCAAAUUUAAAAGAAAAAAAAAAAAAAAGCCCUUUGACUUUUUACCUCCUCUCCCUCCCCAAUGGCUGUGUAGCAAACAUCGGCAAAAUCUUGGAAGGGACGAAGUCGGUCUGCAAUCGCAAUUCGUGGGUUGAGUUCACAGUUGUGAGCGCGGGGCUCGGAGAUGGAGCCUUGGUCCUCUAGGUGGAAAACGAAACGGUGGCUCUGGGAUUUCACCAUAACAACCCUCGCACUGACUUUCUUCCUCCAAGUUAGAGAGGUCAGAGGAGCUGCUCCAGUUGAUGUACUUAAAGCACUAGAUUUUCACAAUUCUCCAGAGGGAAUAUCAAAAACAACAGGAUUUUGCACAAACAGAAAGAACUCUCAAGGUUCAGAUACUGCUUACAGAGUUUCAAAGCUAGCACAACUCAGUGCCCCAACUAAACAGUUAUUUCCAGGUGGAACUUUUCCGGAAGAUUUUUCAGUAUUAUUUACAGUAAAACCCAAAAAAGGAAUUCAAUCUUUCCUCUUAUCUAUAUAUAAUGAGCAUGGUAUUCAGCAAAUUGGUGUUGAGGUUGGGAGAUCCCCUGUUUUUCUGUUUGAAGACCACACUGGAAAACCUGCUCCAGAAGAUUAUCCCCUCUUCAGAACUGUUAACAUUGCUGAUGGGAAGUGGCAUCGGGUAGCAAUCAGUGUGGAAAAGAAAACUGUGACAAUGAUUGUUGACUGUAAGAAGAAAACCACAAAACCACUUGAUAGAAGUGAGAGAUCAAUUGUUGAUACCAAUGGAAUCACAGUUUUUGGAACAAGGAUUUUGGAUGAAGAAGUUUUUGAGGGGGACAUCCAGCAGUUUUUAAUCACAGGUGACCCCAAGGCAGCAUAUGACUACUGUGAGCAUUAUAGUCCAGACUGUGACUCUUCAGCACCCAAGGCUGCUCAGGCUCAGGAACCUCAGGUAGAUGAGUAUGCACCUGAGGAUAUAAUGGAAUAUGAGUAUGAGUACGGGGAGACAGAGUAUAAGGAGGCUGGAAGUGUAACAGAGAGCCCCACUGUAACUGAGGAGACAAUAGCACAAACAGAGAAAAAGAAAUCCAAUUUCAAAAUGAAGAUGAGGACAGUGGCCACUAACUCAAAGGAAAAACUCAAAAAGUUUACACCCCCCAAAACCAAGAAGAAGAAAAGUUAUCAAGCAGCAGCAAAAGCCAAACUAGGGGUAAAGGCAAAUGUUAUUGAUGAUUUUCAAGAAUAUAACUAUGGAACAAUGGAAAGUUACCAGACAGAAGCUCCUAGACGUGUUUCUGGAACUAAUGAGCCAAAUCCUGUUGAAGACGUUUUCACAGAAGAAUAUAUAACUGGAGAGGAUUAUGAUCCCCAGAGGAAAAAUUUCGAGGACACACUAUAUGAAAACAAAGAAAUAGACGGCAGGGACUCUGAUCUUCUGGUAGAUGGAGAUUUAGGCGAAUAUUUUUAUGAAUAUAAAGAAUAUGAAGAUAAACCAACAAGCCCCCCUAUUGAAGAAUUUGGUCCAGGUGUACCAGCAGAAACUGAUAUCACAGAAACAAGUAUAAAUGGCCAUGGUGCAUACGGAGAAAAAGGGCAGAAGGGAGAACCAGCAGUGGUUGAACCUGGUAUGCUAGUUGAAGGACCACCAGGGCCAGCAGGACCUGCGGGUCUAAUGGGUCCUCCAGGUCUACAAGGCCCCUCUGGACCUCCUGGUGACCCUGGUGAUAGGGGUCCACCAGGACGUCCUGGCUUACCAGGUGCUGAUGGUCUACCUGGUCCUCCUGGUACCAUGUUAAUGUUACCGUUCCGUUAUGGUGGCGAUAGUUCUAAAGGACCAGCCAUCUCUCCUCAGGAAGCUCAGGCUCAAGCUAUUCUUCAGCAGGCUCGGAUCGCUCUGAGAGGCCCUCCUGGCCCAAUGGGGCUAACUGGAAGACCAGGUCCUGUGGGUGGGCCUGGUUCAGCUGGGGCCAAAGGUGAGAGUGGUGACCCAGGUCCUCAGGGCCCGCGAGGUGUCCAAGGUCCUCCUGGUCCUACUGGAAAACCUGGGAAAAGGGGUCGCCCAGGUGCUGAUGGAGGAAGAGGAAUGCCAGGAGAGCCUGGAGCAAAGGGAGAUCGAGGCUUUGAUGGACUUCCAGGUCUGCCAGGUGACAAGGGUCACAGGGGUGAAAGAGGUCCCCAAGGUCCUCCAGGUCCUCCUGGUGAUGAUGGAAUGAGGGGAGAAGAUGGAGAAAUAGGACCCAGGGGUCUUCCAGGUGAAGCUGGCCCACGAGGUUUGCUGGGACCAAGGGGAACUCCAGGACCUCCAGGGCAGCCUGGUAUUGCAGGUGUAGAUGGACCCCCGGGAUCAAAAGGGAACAUGGGUCCCCAAGGGGAGCCUGGACCUCCAGGUCAGCAAGGGAAUCCAGGACCUCAAGGUCUUCCUGGUCCACAAGGUCCAAUUGGUCCUCCGGGUGAAAAAGGACCACAAGGAAAACCAGGUCUAGCCGGACUUCCUGGUGCUGAUGGGCCACCUGGUCACCCUGGAAAAGAAGGCCAGUCUGGAGAAAAAGGUGCUUUGGGUCCCCCUGGUCCACAAGGUCCUAUUGGCUACCCUGGUCCCCGAGGAGUAAAGGGAGCAGAUGGCGUCAGAGGUCUCAAGGGAUCUAAAGGUGAAAAGGGUGAAGACGGCUUUCCAGGAUUCAAAGGUGACAUGGGUCUUAAAGGCGACAGAGGAGAAGUUGGCCAAAUAGGCCCAAGAGGAGAAGAUGGUCCUGAAGGCCCCAAAGGUCGUGCAGGUCCCACUGGAGACCCAGGUCCUUCUGGUCAAGCAGGAGAAAAGGGGAAGCUUGGAGUUCCAGGGUUACCAGGAUAUCCAGGAAGACAAGGUCCUAAGGCUUCCUAUACUCUUUACUUUCAGGGUCCUCAAGGACCUCAGGGUCCAGUUGGAUUUCCUGGACCAAAAGGCCCUCCUGGUCCACCUGGGAAGGAUGGGCUGCCAGGACACCCUGGGCAACGUGGUGAAACAGGAUUUCAAGGCAAGACUGGCCCCCCUGGGCCAGGAGGUGUUGUUGGACCACAGGGACCAACAGGUGAGACUGGUCCCAUAGGUGAACGUGGGCACCCUGGCCCUCCUGGUCCUCCUGGUGAGCAAGGUCUUCCUGGUGCUGCAGGAAAAGAAGGUGCAAAGGGUGAUCCAGGACCUCAAGGUAUCUCAGGGAAAGAUGGACCAGCAGGAUUACGUGGUUUCCCAGGUGAACGAGGUCUUCCUGGAGCUCAGGGUGCACCUGGACUGAAAGGAGGAGAAGGUCCCCAGGGCCCACCUGGUCCAGUUGGCUCACCAGGAGAACGUGGAUCAGCAGGUACUGCUGGCCCAAUUGGUUUGCCAGGGCGUCCGGGACCCCAAGGGCCCCCUGGUCCAGCUGGAGAAAAGGGUGCUCCUGGAGAAAAAGGUCCCCAAGGCCCUGCAGGGAGAGAUGGAGUACAGGGCCCCGUGGGUCUCCCAGGACCUGCUGGUCCUGCUGGCUCCCCUGGUGAAGAUGGAGACAAGGGUGAAAUUGGUGAACCAGGACAAAAAGGCAGCAAGGGGGACAAAGGAGAAAACGGUCCUCCCGGUCCUCCAGGUCUUCAAGGACCAGUUGGUGCCCCAGGAAUUGCUGGAGGGGAUGGAGAACCAGGUCCCAGAGGACAGCAGGGGAUGUUUGGGCAGAAAGGUGAUGAGGGUGCAAGAGGUUUCCCUGGACCGCCUGGUCCCAUAGGUCUUCAGGGUCUACCAGGUCCACCUGGUGAAAAAGGUGAAAAUGGAGAUGUUGGCCCCAUGGGUCCACCUGGUCCUCCUGGCCCAAGAGGCCCUCAAGGUCCUAAUGGAGCUGAUGGACCACAAGGACCCCCAGGAUCUGUUGGUUCAGUUGGUGGUGUUGGAGAAAAGGGUGAACCUGGAGAAGCAGGGAACCCAGGGCCUCCUGGAGAAGCAGGCUCAGGUGGUCCCAAAGGAGAAAGGGGAGAAAAAGGAGAAGCUGGUCCACCUGGUGCUGCUGGACCUCCUGGUGCUAAGGGGCCACCAGGUGACGAUGGCCCCAAGGGUAACCCGGGUCCUGUUGGUUUUCCUGGAGAUCCUGGUCCUCCUGGGGAACCUGGCCCUGCAGGUCAAGACGGUGUUGGUGGUGACAAGGGUGAAGACGGAGAUCCUGGGCAACCGGGUCCUCCUGGUCCAUCUGGUGAGGCUGGCCCACCAGGUCCUCCUGGAAAAAGAGGUCCUCCUGGACCUGCAGGUUCAGAGGGAAGACAAGGUGAAAAAGGUGCUAAGGGAGAAGCAGGUGCUGAAGGUCCUCCUGGGAAAACUGGCCCAGUUGGUCCUCAGGGUCCUGCUGGAAAGCCUGGUCCAGAAGGUCUCCGGGGAAUCCCUGGCCCUGUGGGAGAGCAAGGUCUCCCUGGAGCUGCAGGCCAAGAUGGACCACCUGGUCCUAUGGUGAGACUAGAGUUUACUAAUGGCUCUAAUUUAUGUACUACUAAAUUUUUCCCCCCUCUUCCAAAGGGCCAUCCUGGUUUAAUUGGCUUGAUCGGUCCUCCAGGAGAGCAAGGGGAGAAGGGUGACAGAGGACUCCCCGGAACUCAAGGGUCUCCAGGAGCAAAGGGGGAUGGGGGAAUUCCAGGUCCCGCUGGUCCCAUUGGCCCACCUGGUCCUCCAGGCUUACCUGGUCCUCAAGGUCCCAAGGGUAACAAAGGCUCCUCUGGACCUGCUGGCCAGAAAGGUGACAGUGGUCUUCCAGGGCCUCCUGGGCCUCCGGGUCCACCUGGUGAAGUCAUUCAGCCUUUACCAAUCUUGUCACCCAAAAAAAUGAGAAGACAUACUGAAAGCAUGCAAGCAGAUAUAGGAGAUAAUAUUCUUGAUUACUCCGAUGGAAUGGAGGAAAUAUUUGGUUCCCUCAAUUCCCUAAAGCAAGACAUUGAGCAUAUGAAGUUUCCAAUGGGUACUCAGACCAAUCCCGCCCGAACUUGCAAAGACCUGCAACUCAGCCACCCUGACUUCCCAGAUGGUGAAUAUUGGAUUGAUCCUAACCAAGGUUGCUCAGGAGAUUCCUUCAAAGUUUAUUGUAAUUUCACAUCUGGCGGUGAGACUUGCCUUUAUCCAGACAAAAAAUCCGAGGGAGUAAGACUUUCAUCAUGGCCAAAGGAGAAACCAGGAAGUUGGUUUAGUGAAUUUAAGAGAGGAAAAUUGCUUUCAUAUUUAGAUGUUGAAGGCAAUACCAUUAACAUGGUGCAAAUGACAUUCCUGAAACUUCUCACUGCCUCUGCUCGGCAAAAUUUCACCUAUAACUGUCAUCAGUCAGCUGCCUGGUAUGAUGUGUCAUCAGGAAGUUAUGACAAAGCACUUCGGUUCCUGGGAUCAAAUGAUGAGGAGAUGUCCUAUGAUAACAACCCUUACAUCAAAGCACUGCAUGAUGGCUGUGCGUCCAGAAAAGGCUAUGAAAAGACUGUAAUUGAAAUCAACACACCGAAAAUCGAUCAAGUACCUAUCAUUGAUGUAAUGAUCAAUGACUUUGGUGAUCAGAAUCAAAAAUUUGGAUUUGAAGUUGGUCCAGUUUGCUUUCUUGGCUAAGAUUAAGAUGAAGAACCUAUGAAACCAACAGAAAAUAUACCUUGGUGCCAGCAAUCCAUUUCAUGCCACAUGCAAGUUUUGAAUAAGGAUGGUAUAGAGUACAAAUUGCUACGUAUACUUGUACCAUUUAGGAAAUACUGAUGCCCUUGAGGGGGCAGAAUCAUGUGAAAAGAGCUUUGAAAAUCAUAAAGAAAUAAGGUAGUGUGGCUGAGAUGGAAACAGGGCUGAUUCUUAAUUCUCGACCCUCAUCUCUCCUUUUCCUAUUUGGAUUUCUUUGGUGCUGUAGAAAAAAAAAAAGACAGAAAAAUAUAUAUUCAUAAAAAAAUAUGGUGCUCAUUCCAGUCCAUCAAGGAUAUGCUAAAACAAUGUGUUUAAUAAAUUGUAAUUAUUUUAUGUACAGUUCCAUACUGUUAUCUAUAUGUCCAUUUCCAAAACUUGCACGUGUCUCAGAAUCCCAUCUGACUCUAAUUUUAUGACAAUUGCGGAACUAUGAUGGCAAUAAAUAUAUGUAUUACAAAAAAUAAAGUUGCAGUUUCUGAUGUCUCUAUUUCCCUUUCUUUGAUUAAUAAUAAAAUGCCUUUGUAUAUAUUGAUGUUGAAGAGUUCAAUUAUUUGAUGUCGCUGACAAAUUUCUCAGAGGGCAAAACCUGGAAGACUUUUGGGAGCACACUCCAAUCAACUCUCUGCUGACAGUAACUUUAAUGAAUUUCAGCCAAAAAUAUCAUGCAUUUGGAUGUUUUACUCAAUGCUAUACCUCAAACUAUUUCUUCUCAGAAUCCAGGAUUUCACAGGAUACUUGUAUAUAUGGAAAACAAGCAAGUUUAUAUUUUUGAACAGGGAAAUAUGUAUGAGAAAUAUUUUAACAAAUUGAUGCCUCCAUCAAGCAAACAAUCUUAUGUACAUUUUUUUCUCUAUCUCAUUGUUUCGGUGUGCUUCAAAAAAGCAGGUUUAAAGAUGGAAACUAAGCAAUUAUUUAUGAAUUUGUGCAAUGUUAGAUUUUUAAUCAGUCAACUUCUUGAAUUUAACUCCAAGUUGCAUAUUAUAAAAGUAUCAAAUAUUAUUUUACCUGCCCAACUGAUACCAUUUCUUAACUUUCAAGACAUCAUCCAUCAUUUGACCAACUUGAUAGCUAAAUAAUACAUUGGUGGACUGUUUUAAGCCAUACUUACUCAAGACAAUUGGAACAUAAUUUUCACUAAGGUAUUUUCUUUCAGGUAGCUUGAAACAGCAAUAAAAUUUUAAAAAUUACAAACUGAACUUUGUAUCUAUUUUUAAGUAAUAUAUGUAAGACUUGAAAAUAAAUGUUUUAUUAUUUCUUAUAUGAAGUGUAAAAUUAAUUGAUACCAGAUUCCACUGGAACAUUUUCAACUGAUAAUUUAUCAUGAAAGAACAUACCUGUAAUAUUGAAAUUAAAACGUGAACAUUUGUCAUUCAGAAUUUAUUUUAUUUUUGAAAUUAAGUUUGUAAAUGUCCUUUCAAGAAGGGAGUUUUGAAUCGCAUAAAUAAACUCAAGUCUUGUCUACCUGGA